CAAGAUCUGACUCUAUUAUUAACUCUAUGUCCCUUAGUUAUAGAUUGUUCAGCAAGCAAAGAUAGUUUCUGUCAAUAUUUCCAAUCAGUUCUCCCUAAUAUCUGGAAAAGCUCAAUCAAAUCACCAUGAACAUUCUAAAUUCCAGGCAAUAACCCUAAUUGGUAUAAGCUCUCCUUGUAAUUCAGCCUUUGAAGUCCAGGUGAUAUUGUAGCACAUUUCCCUGCAAGGCCAGUAGAACCAUUCUAAAGGGGGAGUACCCAGAACUCCUUGCAGCACUUGAGCUGUGGCCUAACCAGAGAGUUUUGGAGGAGCCAAACUACCCGGAUCACUGACGUCAGGAGGCUGCUGAAAAGCCAUCUUUGUUAGGAGCCGAGGGACGGAGCAGCCGCGAGAACCCUGUUGAAUAUCCAGAAACUCGAGCGUGAGGCAGAAGGAAGCAGGGAAAAAUAAAAAUGUCAGUCCCAUCCCAGGCUGCUGCUGUUCCUGCUGCAGGAGGUCCACCAGGAGGGCCAGGAAAUCCUGGAGAUGGAGGACCAGCACAACCAGUCAAUACGACCAGCAACAGAAGGCUGCAGCAAACACAGGCUCAAGUUGAUGAGGUGGUGGACAUCAUGCGAGUGAAUGUGGACAAAGUCCUCGAGCGAGAUCAGAAGCUAUCAGAGCUCGAUGAUCGUGCAGAUGCUCUCCAAGCUGGGGCAUCACAAUUUGAAACAAGUGCUGCUAAGCUGAAGAGGAAGUAUUGGUGGAAAAACUGCAAGAUGAUGAUUAUACUUGGAGCAAUUUGUGCAUUCAUUAUCAUCGUUAUCAUAAUCUAUUUCUGCACCUGAGGAGAAAGAAGUCCGACUGAAGAUGCAGCUCAGCUUUGUUCUCGUCAGCCAUAUCUUCUCCAGUGUCAGAUAUUAUUUAUUAAUCUCUGCUUAUAACCAUGGUUGUUUUUAUUUUGUCUUUAAGCUACCCUAAUUAUUCAAAAGGGUACAUUGAUCGAUAUCUAAAUCUGAAUAACAAUUUAACCAGCUAUUUACUGCCGAAUAGUUAUGUACGUAGCUUCAUGUUUUAAACAUUCCUAGAUGAAACUAGCACAAUAUAGUUUGGCCUUCAAUAGUUGGAUCAUGUUUCUGAAUAUAUCUCUAUGACCUUUUUCUGAGUUGUCAAGUCAUUUGGAGGUAACUGUCUGAAAUGCCUGAAGCCUUAAAAACCAUCAAAACAAAAUCCCAGACUUAAAUUGUACAAUAUAAAAUCACCAGAAAUUUGUAAUAUCUUUGGAUCUGAACAUAACAUUCCGGAUUUAAAAUAACUUAAUUGUUACAUUGCAGAUUUUACACACACUGAUACAAAAUCAAAAAUUAAGGCUCAGUGCUAACACUGAGCCUAACAACAUCGGAGUGAUAAUGUUAAGCAGACUAUUCAGUGUUUGGAGCUGUCUCUGAUCAGAUAAAAUAAGUCACUGAAACUUUAAAUGAUUUUAAAGUAUAACAAGGUCAACUUUAGGCUAAGUAAGGGUAAUUGCAUGACCAUAGUCUUCAGCACACAACAAACAAAGUUUUGUUUAGGAUAUGUGAACAUUUUGUGGGUUUAGGGAUUAUAUCAGACAGUAACUGGUUUCUCAGAGUAGAAAUCUAUCCCAAAUUGUCUGUAGUCAGUAAACCAUGUGGAAUGUACCGAACUUCCAACAAGCCACACCCAGUUCCAAAAAUCUUUUUGAAGAAAGGAGAAAAUAAUGAUCCAAAUUCUACGUUCCAGAAGUUUGACUACAAAUGCUGCCUUCACAAUCGAGGAGCAGAGACAUUCUCGAAUUUCUGUGACAACGACCACGACCAAUUUAUUUUCAGUCUAUUAUCACUUUGAAGCUGCCCAAAUCCAAAAUUCAAACUCAAAUUUAAGACCGAAAUUGCAUAAAUUGGGCACAGGGAGUAAUUGGGGUGCAGUAAUUUCCUCUGAUCAUUUGUAUCCCUUUAUCCCCCAUACAAAAUUCUGAAGGAUUAAGGUCAGCUGCUUUUUCCACCCAUCUUGUCCUUUGUUAUCAUUUUAGGAUUUAAAACAGGACUGACAGAUGUCAAUCUGCACAUUAGUAAUUUCACUAUCACUGACCUAAUCUACAGCCCAUGUACAGCAUAAUGUAGACAUAUUUGCUGUGCAACAUCUGUGUAUUGGCCCCUCCAAUACCAAUUCCUGUCACAAUAUAGUAAAGAGGCAAUAGUGCCAAGAAGCAUCCAAGCAAUGAAAAAAUGUUUUUGGCCAUUUUAUCCAGACUGAUCCAUCAUAGACAGAGUUGAUGCCCGUAAAAUGCUAUAAAUGACGUGGGCAUUUGCCUGUAUCAUGUUCACGACCCAAACCUAGGACUUAGAACAGGUUCAGUUCUAUACUGUGACAAAAACUCAGCCUGGACUUUAGUCUCCCCUAAUUCUAGUGAUUUUGUAUAAAAUAAGAGGCCACACUGUAUUUGAAAUCUGAAGUCUCCAGAAUUAUGUUAUUUUUAUCUAGUACUGCCCAGUCAUCAGUCACUUUACCAAAUAGAACUUGGGUGGUGGAAAAAAAAAGAAAAAAUAUAAAUUAAGAAAAUAGACACAGAACAAGCAACAAUUUCGGUAUAAGUGGAAUAUAUUUGUUAUCUGUGGCAGACCCAUUCAUUUAGAUCAUUUGUGGGUUGUUUGCCAAAUGGUAUGGGUGUCACUAAAGAUCUGUUUUCACAAGACCUGUAGAAUCCUAUCUUCUCAGCACGAGGAACUGAGCUAUUUGUGACCAGGCAGAGUUAUUUAACAAAAGAUUGAUUUUGACCAGACUAUUACACAUCAUGGCAUACCAAUGCAAGAAAAAUAGAUUGAUUUUUGACGUGAUUUCUUCAACGCACAAAUAGAAUGGGCCACAGAAUAUAAAUACCAUCCAACUCUUGACUGGAAUCUGACUCUAAAUAACUUGCAGCACCCUGAAGUUUUCAUUUUUUUUUAAUGGAACAUUUCAAUUUUAUGUCAUCAUUCCCUGAUUAGAACUGAUGUUUCCACACUUGCACAUGCUUUCCAUAUGUUUUCUUUUGGUUUAUAAUCUCUUCAUUGAGGGUCUUAUUCAAAGGUCUUAACUUUGUGGAUCCCCUGUUCACUGAAAUUAUCUUAUGUGAUAGUCAGAGUGGAUUGCAUAAUCUAUUUUUAAAAUAUUGGGCUAUUAAGUGUUUAUCUCCUCCUUCCGUAAUUGUAUAUAUGGUGUAAUCUGUAAUGUGCUAUCCUCUGAAACCGUGAAAGGGGAAGUGCAGAAUUCAUGCAUCCCUAUUUGCUAAAUGUGUUGUGAGUAGUUUGAUCGUAAACUGAUUUUGAAAGCUUUGUGUAUAUUUCCAUGCUGUACAUGCAUUCCUGCAGUAUCCCAUGAAAGUAAAAUAAUAUAGUUUUACAGCUUUACCUUUCAU